AGAUGGUUGCGCCUCUCGCACCUGCGCGCGCGGCUGCUGAUCCCCCUGGAGGAGGUGGCCGCGAUCGCGGUGACUAUGUGCGGGCGCGGGGAGCGGCGGGCGGUUGCGGGAACGCUUCUGGCCACGAUCUGCUACCUCCAACCCGGGGAGCUCGCGGGCCAUGCCUUCUGGGUGCUGCAGCUCCACCGCUUCGAGGAGGGAGAGCCCUCCAAGACGGGGCGGUUCGACGACUCGCUGGUCCCCGACACGAGGUACGCAGCGCUGUACACGUACAUCGGCUUGCUGAAACGGACGGUACCCGAGUCGGAGCCGCUGAUCGGCAUGGGACAGCUCGAGUACAGCAGGCUGUUCAGCGACGUCGUGCUGGAGCUGAAGCUCAAC